GCACUGACUGUCUGAAACACCUACUAUGAUACAUACUCCCAAUGCAUCCCCCCGGUCCCUGAUCCCUACACAUACACAGACGAUCCUCCUCCCACCUGAAACGAAACAUGACAUUUUUUUCUUUCUUUUUUUCUUCUUGUUCUUCUUUCUUCUAUACAUACAUACUUGCAUACACUAAACUCCACUCCACUCCACUCCACUCCAUAGACGACGACUUUAGACUACCCCACCUCGUAGAAACCAGAAGAACCUACAGCGAAGAAUUCGAAUGUACGUACUACUGUAGUGGUUACUAUAUGUACAUUACUAACAAUGCUCCCGGAGAUGAGGAUGAGUCUGCUCAGCAGCCUAGGUAAAUUACAAUUAUAGUAUCGAAUUUAAAAAUAUCUCGGUACGGGAGAUAGACUAUUGUUGUCGCUAGCUAGCCUAUGCCUGGUGUAGUGUGGCUGGCAGGUCUAAGGGCUACCAGUUACCUAGGUCCAUCCAUCCCCGAGCGACUCCCGAGGCCCGGUCGGACUCC